AUGCUUGAUAAAUCGCUGCCUAAGCGCACUGUACGUGCCCACCCCUCCGACAAGCCGUGGAUGACACCGCGUAUAAAGCAUGAAAUAAAAGCUAGGCAAAAGGCGUUUAAAUCUGGAGAUAUAACAAGGUACAAACUAUUAUGUGACAAAGUUACCUCACUUGUAUCAAAUGCGAAAAAGAAUUACUAUCAACUAAAAGCAGAGGGUACACGCGAAACGAAUCCGGCAAAGUGGUACAAAACCAUAUUUGAUCUUGCUGCCGCUAAUGACUGUAACUCUCAACCACCAGCUGAUGCAGCAGACUUAGCGGAACGCCUGCAACAAAGCUUCACCAAACCAUGGCAGAAUGCCAACCCCACUGAAAUUCCGGACGUUGGGGAAAUUGAACACCUACUUAAGAAUGAUACCAGUCCCCCGUUGCCUUCCAUCGGACAAAUUAAGGCUAUCCUUAAACAUCUAAAUCCCAGGAAGGCCACUGGCUCAGAUGAUAUCCCUCCAUGGUUACUGAAACGUUACCAUGAAGAACUUGCCCCUGUUAUUCAUAACAUCAUAUGCUCUAGCAUCUCCCAGGCUAAAUACCCAACCCUAUAUAAACACGCAUUGGUCACCCCAGUGCCUAAAAUAUACCCUCCUAAUGACAUGGAUAAUGAUUUUCGCCAAAUCUCAGUAUUACCGCAAUUGGCUAAAGUCUUAGAAAGCAUCCAACUUAAAUUAAACAAAGGGGACCUUAAGAUCAAGGACAAUCAACAUGCAUUUACACACGGUAGAUCAACUGUAUCUGCACUGGCGAGCAUCACCCAAAAUUGGUUCAACAAGACUGAAAACUCACGUGAUGGAAGAAUGGGUAUCCACGCCCUAUUUAUUGACUUUUGCAAAGCAUUUGAUCUGGUGGACCACGGAUUGCUUUUAAAGAAGCUCGCCAAAAUGAACGUGUCGAAAAGCUUCUGGCUAUGGACACGGUGCUUUCUAGAAGGGAAGAGUCAGCAAGUAAAAUUACAAGGUGCUCAACUGUCAUCUAUAAGGCCUUGCCCUUCCGGAGUCCCCCAGGGAUCUGUUAUAUCACCAACAUUGUUUAAUGUUCAUGUGGAUGACCUCGAAGACUGCAUUCCCAAUUAUCUGGACAUCAAUACGCACAAAUACGCAGAUGACUGCACUCAAGAUGAAGUGAUUCCAUACGGUUCUACUAGCAACAUGCAAAAGGUGCUCGAUGCAAUAAACGACUGGGCACAUAGAAACAAGAUGAAACUUAACACGAAAAAGACGAAAGACAUGUGGAUCUGCUUUAAAGCUGCAAUUCCGGAACCACCACAUCUUAAAAUUGGCGAUGAUACAAUUGAAAGAGUAAAGUCAUUCAAGUUGCUAGGUCUUUGGAUUGACAAUACCCUUAAAUGGAACACCCACAUUGACGAAAUUGCAAGGAGGGCAAACAAACGCUUAUUCUACCUACGAGAGUGUCGUCGAGCAGAUCUACCAACUAAUGUGGGUUUGACGUGCUAUGAAUCCAAAUUAAGACCGGUUUUGGAAUAUGCUGCCCCAGUUUGGGGUGGCCUGCCACAAUACCUUACUGACGAACUGGAAAGUAUCCAGAAUAGAAGCCUGAAAAUUUUGGGUCUACCUCCUGAUUCUCUUCAAUCUCUAGAACAACGUCGGGAUAAACUUUCAAUUCGCGAGUACGAGAAAAUCAUUAAUGACGAAACACACCCAUGCAGGAAGUACAUACCAGACAUGGUGACGAACAUGUAUGACCUGAGAACACCAAAAACUCUUCCCGGAAUUUUCUCAUACACUAAAAGGCAUGAACUAUCGUUCAUUCCCAGAACAAACUCAUUAUUAUAG